AUGAGUAGCCUGCAGGCCCAGGAGCAGGUGGAUUGGGCGGUGAUUGGCUGCGCGGGCGCCACAGCGGUGCUGGCCCUGGCAGCCUGCGCCUACACCGUGCCCUGGCGGCGCCGCGCCGCCAAGGACCCGACACGCGGAUCUUUCUCGCUGCUGUGGCGCGGCCGCGUGGCCCUCAGCCUGCUGUCAGCCGCCUGGGCGGUGUCCCAGCUGCUGCGGGUGAGCAUCCUCUGGGGAGCCAACUCGGUUGUGCUGCCCCAGAGCAUCACCAGCUGGACAGGCGCGGGAUGGAUGAUCUACCUGACUGUGUCGCUGGGCCUGCUGCAGCCCCUCUGCGCCUUCACAGCCCUGCUCAUGCUCACGGCGGCGCUCAGCCGGCGCCACCGGCCCGAGGCCGCACGCCACCCCAACGCCCGCCUGCUGGGCCUGGCGGCGCUGUGCACGCUGCCGGUGGCGGCGGUACAGUCGGUGAUCGCUUGGCUGGGGGUGGCUGUGCAGUACCAGGGGAGGCCCAUCGAGGCCUCACCCCGCUCCGUGCUUGGAAUCUUUUUCGCCACCUACUGGGCAGGCAGCCCGCAGCAGUGCGGCACCUCCGACACUGACGUCGGCCUGCCCGCGGGCGCACCCGCCGGGGCCCAGCCUGUGAUGCUGGCCUCCACGGAAGCGCCGGGGAGCGGCGGCGCGGCGCCGGAGGAGCCGGAGGAGCUUGGCGGCGGCGGCUGCACGGCCUGCGUGUUCCCUGCGGCGGCAGUGAUCGCGCAGGGGCUCUUCACGCUGGCAUUCCUGGCCGCGCUGUGGGUCACGUCGGCCCGCCUGGUGGCAGCGGUGCUCAACACGCGCCUCAAGCGCCGCGUGCGCCUGUUCCAAGCCGCCUAUUCGCUGCUGGCUGUGGCAGGCGUGGCGGCCCUGGGCGUCAGCCUGGUGCGGGGCCCCUUCUCCUGGCUCAACAUCGGCUGCUGGGCGGGGUAUGUGGCGACAGUGGCGCUGACGGUAGCUCUAGUUCUGUGGGAGGUGGCGGUGUGGCCGGUGCGGGAGCUGCGGGCGGUGGACAAGCGCCUGGCGCUCUGGGCUGACGCCACCACCGCCGCUGCUCUGGCGGCCGCGGCGGACGAGGCGCUCGGCUCGCAGCUCGGCGGCGGCCCUGGCGGCCUCAUCAAGGCGCACAACCGCUCGUCUGACGCAGAAGCGUAUGUGGCGGCAGCGGCCACAGCGCGCACCCUGUCGGCAUCGCGGCAGGCAGAGACGGCGCCGACGGCGCCCCGGCUGGCCCCGACCCUGCCGCCGGUGCCGCCGCCGCUGUCCCCGCAGCGGCAGGCGACGCUGAAGCGCCAGCUGAGCCCCAAGCGGCCUCCUCCGCGGCAUCCCAGCCUGCUGUGGCAGCAGCAGCAGCAGCAGCAGCAGCAGCAGCAUGCGCCACCAGCAUCGCCAUACCGACCCCCGCCGAUGCUGCUCGCGUUCCCAACGCAGCUGGCGUCCCCAUCCCGGCAGGCCUCUGUCGGGCAGCAGCUCUAUCCCGCGUCGCCGGCGAUGGUACCACCAGGGCAGCAGCAGCUUUACCCCUGA